AUGGUUUGUGGGUUACAUAAGUCACUGCAGCGCAUUAACACACAUGUUCCCUCAAGCGUGCAACAUGCUGCACAGAAACUCUCCUGCUCCCCUCCCUCCCUGCUCGCGCCCAUUUUUACCGGCUGGGUGACCAAACCAUCUCUGACAGGCCGGAGCUUUUCAUGCAGCUCUGUGUGUGUGUGUGUGUGUGUGUGUGUGUGUGUGUGUGUGUGUGUGUGUGUGUGUGUGUGUGUGUGUGUGUUGGACUGGGAUGUUCAUGUUGCACAAAAGAGCAGGGACACACUGGAGUCUCUUCAGUGCGCUGUUUGUUCAGGCUGCUGCAGGGCUUCACAUGCUGACCGACCGAACGACCGUCUGUCUGCGGGCGCUGAGCUGCUGAUGAAGGUGAGGAGGAGGAGGAGGAUGGGUGCAGGUUUUGGGACCCCCUGCUGGGUGCUCCUCAACCUCCAAGAGGAUUUAAUGACUUCAAACUGUGGGACGGACUCUUCAAAAACCUGAAACUGGAGUUUUUUUUACUGCUGGAGCGUUUCAACUUUUUAGUUUUAGACUUUUAAACUACUUUUUUUUUACUCGCUGAUGGUUUAAAGUGAAUUUUAGGGACAUUUUAGGUCCUAACUGACAAUUAGAGACAAAGAAAAAUGAUAUUCUUAUAAAAUUAAUUAAUACUUUGUUCAGAACUUUGCAAAAAAACCUAAAAAGUAAAAAAAUGAAGUCACUCAGAUGAUUUAACUCCUAACUAGAGGAUUAGCUGUAAAAUAAAAAGUACGAUAAAAUACUGCUGGUAUUAAAGUUUUCUUUCUCUUAAGCUGCAUGAUUUAAUGAUUAAUUAAAAACAGAAAAAUACAAUCUUCACUUCCUUCGACAAAUCACAACUUUCUCGAGAAUUUCUCUCCAAAAGCUACAGGUGAAAGUUUGUAUAUUCUCUGAACUGUUGUCACUUCUAAAAAUAAAAUCAGUAUAUUACUCAAUACUAUAGAAACAAGAAACUUUUGAAAGGUUUUGACAGAAACACAUCCACAUCUCUUUCUCUCCGGCUCUGUAGGGAGGUUUCUGA